CUCAGAUUUAUAUGACUUUGGAAACUACGACAUAAAAGAUUGUGAGGAUUCCAACAGCAGUGUUUUAACUGUAGGAAGUCAAAAUAAAGUCGCACUUGGAGUGACUGCAGUAAACAAAUUAAAAUCCAGCCUUGAAAGGGAAGCUUCUGCUACAGGUAUACAUCUUUACAAGACAAACAAAAUGGACACAGAAUUUAAUUUUACAAACAUAAAUUUGAAUCGUAUAAAUGAAGCUCAAUCAAAUGUUCAGAGAAAAAGGCUUCAUAUCUUGAAAUCUUUGCCUAAGUCAGCAGCAGCAGAAAAACCAUCAAGUGCUAAGAUUAGAUUUCCAAAAUCAACCACCAAAAAGUCUACCAAUGAAG